AUGUCAUUCAAUCCCUCUAUCGGCGAUCUUGUGCUUUGCACACAAAUUGCCUAUCGAGUAUUCUCUGCUGUGAGAGACUGUAAAACGACUGCGCCUCGUGACCUCAAAGAGCUCGAGGGUGUUCUUCGCGGCCUACAUAUCGCCCUCGAGCAUCUAUCAAGCAACAUUAGCGCAAUCGUUAACGUGGUGCUCAGCGAGACCAUCAAGGAUGCACUCCAAUCUAUGACCAGCCUUUGUCGUCAGACAUUGGAAGAACUCCAAGACGCUACCAGGCCCUACUGCAACGCUGCCUAUGAUCCUGUGUUCCCCAAUGGGACUGCCUUUACGCGGAAGCUUCCAGUCAGAAUUAAAAUGCAUUGGAAACGAUUUGUCUGGCAAAUGAGAGGCGACUCAUUCACUCAAUACCGGAACAAUCUUCUAUUGCACACGCAGAGUAUUAAUGUCCUUGUCAAUACCUUAAACUUGUAUGUGAAGGCCUUGUCCUUUGUUGAGUGA